UUUACAUUUGUAUAGAAGCGGGUUGAGAUUUUUUUGUUAAUUGGAGAUUACGGUCACAUUGGUCACGUAUACACUGCAAAGUUUUAAAUGCUGGAGUAAAUCCACAAAAUAAUCGUUCCAUGUGUGUACGAAAAGUUAUGUCAGUCCCGCAUUUGUGAUAAUUGACACACUGGUAACCAUAGCGACAUUCUGGCAUCUCGCAGUUAUGAAUAAUUACCUGUUUGGUAUUUGCUAUUUUUUGGCUAAAGAGUUGUUUUGUCCGUCAAUUUAAACUAAACUACUGCUAAUAGAUGCGCUGUAUUUUGUUUAUACUCGGAAGGCUACUUAACAGGGUGCUCUUUUAUAGUGCUAACAUGAAUGUUAUUAAUAAGCGCUUUUAUGCUGGUUUUGUCUGGCAAAAAUGGUCAGUUGCGGAUAUUUGAGAUUUUUUAGUCUUAUAAAUUGAAACCCAGCACUGGCCCCCAUUCACUUCUAUUGUAUGGACACAAAACCAGUGCAAGUGAAUGGGUGCCAGUUAACAACAUUCUUCAAAAUAUCUUCUUUUGUGUUCUGGGGAAGAAAGAACGUCAUACAGGUUUGAAAUGACAAGAGGGUAAGUAAAUGAUGACAGCAUUUUUAUUUUUGGGUGAACUAUCACUUUAAACGAAGGGCUUGUGAGAGCGGCUAGCCCCGUGUCAAAAUGUAUGAAAAUAAACAUUUCUAGCACUGUUAUUUUCUUGCAUCGCACAAAAACGGACAAAAACACAUCCGUUUGGACUGAUGGGCGUCAUUAACAACUAGUUGUUGAGUUCUGUACGUAUGUGGCCAUUAAGAAUGAGCAGCCUAUGACAAAGCUUCUUUUUUGCAGUAUGCAUGCUAUGCUAUUGGAAAAGAUGUGCAGGCAAUGAAGGCCGUGGUUGGAGAGGAAGCACUGACAGCAGAUGACUUGUUGUACCUGGAGUUCCUACAAAAGUUUGAGAAGAACUUUAUAUCACAGGGUGCGUAUGAGAACCGAACUGUGUUCGAAACGUUGGACAUUGGCUGGCAGCUUCUGAGAAUCUUCCCCAAGGAGAUGCUGAAGAGGAUUCCUCAAAGCACCCUGGCUGAGUUUUACCCUCGAGAUUCCAAACAUUAGUCCUGCUUUACGCAAUGGGUUUGUCAAAUGUUCGAUAGUCCUAGAUGUUUCUCUCUCUCUGUCUGCUAAAAUCAAGUACACUGCUGCCUCGAUAGGUGUAUUGAUGGAAUACAAAGUUGUUUUUCAUGGCUUGUUUAUUGCUGCUUUCAGAAUUUAUUUACUAUGUAAGUGUCACUAAAUAGUCAAGGAAAUAUUGUGAAUAUUGUCACUACACUGGAGUUAAAGUUGUGAGGUAUAUGUGUGUGUUAAGUGUUUCAAACGGUGUUAUGACAGAAUGGUGUGCUAUGUGGCCAGCUUUUAUCGGUAGUCUGUGAUGUUUCUUUUAAACAUUGAAGCGAUUUAGUGUCCACCACAAAACUGCCUGAUGUUAUUUUAUCAAAGUGCCAACUUUGAGCGUAUAAUGUCUUCAUGUAUUUUAUGGAUUUGUCAUUAUAAACAAUCCUCUUUAUAUAUAUUGGUCAUUAUAUAUAAUGUAAGGCGCAGGUUUAAGUGGUUUGAAUGGUUUAAAAAGGAAUUUUAAAAGAGUUGUCCUAUCUGAUAGAAUGUCUUUUUUGUUACUUUCUUUUUUUGCACUUUUAUUUCAUGUUUGUGGAAGAUGUAUUACAAUAAUGUGUCAUUGUUCAUAGUUGUGAAAACAUGAACAUUUUAUUUAUUGUUUCUAUUUAUUUUGGUGCCAUAAAUUAUAUGUAUUGUGAUAAAUGUAUAAUGUUGUAAUGCAUGAAUAUUGUAAAUGUGUUUGUGUCCAUUUGCUUUAUGAAAUAAACUAUAAUGUGUAUAAAUGAAUGAUCAUGACAGUAACUGAUGGUACAACUGUAAUAAACAAUGCAAUUAUAUAGCCUUAUUGAA